UGCGCAGAUGGACUUUCUUCACAGGAGCAGGAGCAAGAAAGAAAGGUGACCUUUAAAGAGGUAGGCCUGCAAGAAAAUCCCUGCCAAAGAAGUCAUCUGCUGCUGCGUCUUCCCCUGCGCGCAGGACCACGGCCAUGAAGCCCGCACUACUGCUGGCUUUUCUCUGUGCGGCUCAGCUGCUGCCAGACUCUGCCCUCUCCUUGCGCCUGAGCGCUUUCAACAUCAAGACCUUUGGAGACAGCAAAAUGUCUAAUGAGACCAUCAAUGACAUCAUUGUCCAAAUUUUGUCCACGUAUGACCUCACCCUGGUCCAGGAGGUUCGAGACGCUGAUCUGAGCGCAGUCAAGAAGUUGAUGAGCCUACUCAACCGAGCAUCAGCAGAGCGGUACGGCUAUGUGGUCAGCCCGCCCUUGGGGCGCAGCACCUACAAGGAGCAGUAUCUCUUCAUUUACAGGGAGGACCAGGUCUCAGUUAUAAGCAGUUAUGCAUAUGAUGACGGGUGUGAACCAUGUGGCAAUGACUCCUUCAGCAGGGAGCCUUUCAUUGUGAAGUUUGCUGUCCCUUAUACUGAAGUGAAGGAGCUGGUUCUGGUGCCCUUGCAUGCUGCUCCCUCGGAAGCCGUGGCAGAGAUCAAUGCCCUUUACGAUGUCUACCUGGAUGUGAUAAGCAAGUGGGGCACCCAUGAUAUGCUCUUCCUGGGAGACUUCAAUGCUGACUGUUCCUUUGUCCGCUCUGAAGACUGGCCCAAUAUCCGCUUGCGCACCAGUGCUGAAUUCCAGUGGCUCAUUCCAGACACCGCAGACACCACUGUGACAAACACAGAUUGUGCUUAUGACAGGAUUGUGGUGGCAGGCCCAAAGCUGAGGGGCAGCACUGUGCCUGGAACAGCCCGAGUGAACAACUUUCAGAAGACCUUCGGCCUGACCUACAAGGAUGCCUUGGCUGUCAGUGACCAUUUUCCUGUGGAAGUGAUACUGAAGACCCUCUAGAUGCCUUCCUUUACCCACACAGCCAGUAACCUAGAGACUGCAGACAUGCCCCACAGGGGUGCUGGAUACAGCCCCAUCUCCCUUCAGUGUGUUCAAAGGCCAGGUUCUAAGCUGGGUGAAACGUAGGCCUCGUGUGAAGUGAACCAAUUUCUGAAGCAGUCGGCAUCGUCUCUUGCAGGCUCUUUGCAACAUAUGAUUAAUUCUAUUCAAUUAUUUUUCCUGUUCUUGUCUGUCUCAUGUUGCGGAUAGGUUUCAAAUAAAUACCUGAGGGCUGGUCUCAA